CGGAAUCAAGUUGACCUAAUAGUUUUGAUUAAAGUUGUGCAGUUUGUUAAAAUGUAUCAAUUACACAUAAGGCUACUGGAAUAUUUAUCGUGGUGUUACUAAAGUAAUCGGAUAAAAAUAUAUUCGUUUGAUCACAUCCAAAUCUGCAAAUUAAUGUCUGGCAUCCCUAGACGAUUUUUGCCCGGCAACCCCGGCAAAAAAUAAACCAGAUUGUGCAUUGAUGUCAACAAAUGUGUUGUUGAAAAGUUUAUAAUUUAAAAUUGUAGGACUACUCAAAUUUAUGCUAAUUGGCAUUUGCUUGAUGUUAGUUGAUCCUUAAACCAAACGCAUUUAUAUAACUAUUAGCGACUUGUUUUUGUUCGGUUUACCGAUUUACUUUUCGCCGUAUUUGUUACAUUGUCGCGUGCUCGGCCAUUCCGUUCGAACAACGUAUUCAAUACGGUAUGUUCCGACCUGCAGGAUACUAUUCGGAUUCUGAGGAAGAUUCCGAUUACUCUGAUUAUGGCUACGGUGAACCGAAGACUCGUUCCCGGGUUAACGCUCAGCCUGCGCCAAAACCAGUAGAGAGCAAUGAUGACUUGUUGUAUCAAGCAACCACGGAAGGAAAUCUAUCUGAAGUGCGGCGGAUAGUGGAAAUGGACCGGUAUUUGCUGAAUGGUUGUUUGAGGCACGGUUGGCCAGUUCUACUGUUAGCAUGUAAUGAGGCACAAUACGAGAUAGUCAAGUUCCUUUUAGAGGAAAAGCGAGUUGAUGUGAAUCAACAAUCGGGACUCAAAACAGCGCUUAUGGCGGCUUGUGAAUCGUCCCGCAGUUCGGAUCAAGUAUUAAAGGUAGUUGAAUUAUUAUUGGAAUUUGGUGCCGUAAUAAAUUGUAAGGACAGCUAUGGAACGACACCGUUAAUGUCUGCCAUUACCAACGGCCACACAGAAGUAGUCAAAUUGAUGCUAGACCAGGCAUCAUUAGAGGCCACCGAUAACGAAGGUUUAACCCCUCUAUUUCACGCAGUAAAUAACAAUCAACCGGAGAUUGUGCAAAUGCUGCUGAAAGCUGGCGUUAUCACAGAUAACGUAAACAGACGAGGAUUUACACCAAAGCAAGAAGCCGAGUUCAGGGCAUAUUCUGAGGUUGCAGCAUUGCUACCGAACGAAGUGGAUUUUUUCAAUGUUCCAAGAGAGUACUUAAAUUACGCGUUUUACCAAGAUAUAAGCCAAGGUCGGAAGGAGAGUGAAAUGCCGGGAUACUACCAGGAAAUAGGCUUGCUCUUGUACGGAAUGUACAGUGAGCAGCACCUGGAAGUGUUCGCUAAAGAGGGUAUCAACCUGCUACAAUUUCUCACCCUCAAUGAUGAGAAUUUGAAACGAUUGGGCUUUAUACUGCCGUUUGAGCGUAAGAAAAUUUUGUACGGAUUGCUUAAAUUUCAUCGUCAGCCUUGGAAUAGGAAUUGUUUGAAGAAAUUUGGCAAAGAUAGAUCACUCGACUCCUAUGACUUAUUGGAACUUCUUAGUAAUCAUUUGAAGCAGCUAACUGUGAUGCAAGCGUCAUUGUUGUAUAUAGGCCAAAUGAUGUCCCCUGCGGAAAUAAAAGACGACUUCGAUCAGCAGCUAGUUAUUUGUCAAAACAAGAUAAAUCAGUUCAAGCAAAUUGUUUCUUCGUUUAACCAGGAGCUGGAGCAUAUCGAUAGUGUUACAGUGUCUUCACCAGUGUUGCAUAUCGAUGCUACACGUACCAAAGCAGAACGUUUCUUUCUUUGGAAACAGCCCUUUCUGUGUAUCAUAGGAGCAAUAACUACUGCCAAAGUUGUUCAUUGUAUCUUUCGUAAGCUAUAUAAGUGACGCUUUUUUCUAAUAGUAAUGAAAGAAUAUUAUAACAACUUCUCGAAGAAAUCGUUCCUUAAGUCCUUUAUAUCAAUAAAUAGUUUAUUUUCGAAAGAGAUUCGCCUAUAA